UCAUUCGUGCGACCAAUGUCUGUAAUGUCAAAAUUGAAACUUAUAUCAAAAAUGUAAGUGAAACUGCAAACAUUUUUUUGGGCAUACAUACAUAAAACCUUCAAAUUUUAUCACACUUUGUUUAAAUCACUAACAUAGGCCUACGAUUUAUGUUUAAUCUGAAUUAAAACAGACAACAACAGGUGCGGUAGGCCUAUUUUGAGCAUGUUUAAGUAUAACUGGUGGGUUUGUUUGAUUGUUUUCAUGUACAUGUAUGGAACGACACAAAGAGGACAGAGCCUCGUUUGUCAUAACAAUCCAGUCGGAAAAAAAAUUUCAUAUUGGAAACGUUUUCACUGUUCAAAAAGUGAUGCUAAUUGCGGGACGAUAACACGUGACUUCUCUCGUAUUGUAUACAGAAUUGAAACUCCCCAACGGAGCUAUUUCUGUUGCGAAGGGUGGACUGGAGGUGUAGCAAAAAAUUGCCCUAUUCCUAUAUGCACUAAUGGUUGUAAUGGCGGCGGAGAGUGUGUUUCUCCAGAGACGUGCCACUGUUUUAAAGGUUUUUCUCCACCGAUGUGUAGAGACUGUCAAUCUGGCUUAUUUGGAGAUAAAUGUGGAUUCCAGUGCCAUUGUAAGAAAUCAACUCAUUGCGGACGGGAUGGCAGUUGUUCCCACGGUUGUGAUCCUGCAUGGACUGGUUCAAACUGUAGCAUUGCGUUGCCGUACCUUGGAAAACAACCCAGAGUGGUCAAAAGGACAGCAACCACGCUUACCUUAAAUAUCACCUGGCUGGCAAGCAAGGAUCUUGGCAGUGGACCAAUCGUUGCCAGAAAAGUUUACUUCAAAGAUAUGCUUCACAGUUCAUUCACUGAGGUGGACCUAACGGAUGAAGAUACAUACACAAUCUGCAACCUAAUGCUGAAUAUGUCUGUUACGUAUUAUGCUCGCCACGCAAGAAAAGUCAAUGGAAUUAUAAUAUAUGGGCCAAGCAGUCCACAUGGGUCUGCCAAUACAACUUGCUCAGAACCGUUGGACACUCCUUCUUUAAACCUAUUGUCAAGGACAGAAACUAAUGCUGUAAUAAAAGUUCAGGAAGUAAAUAACAAUCCAAGUCGCAUACAGUGUGAUAGGAUUUUGUAUUACCAAGUCAGGUGCAGGUUAUCAAAUGAAAUUACCAAUGACACCAACACCAAUAGUAACAGCAACGCAACCAUUAUCGUCGAUAACUCUGGUUACAACGUACACAGCACGACCAAUGUCAAUGGCAGUAGUCGCGUAGUGAUACCAGGACUGGAAAAAUGUUUUGAAUAUCUGGUGGAUGCGAGAGUUGUAAACAGCGCAAAGUACGCUAGUGCGUGGAGUCAGCCUGUUUUGAUUUGGCCAGUUAAAGAGGCACCUUCGGACAUUCCAUCUCCAACAAUCAUAUCAAGGAAAGAAAGUAAAGUUGUUGUAGAAUUACAGGAAGUAAAUGACGACCCAGGUCGCAUACUUUGUGUCAAGAUUCUGUAUUACCAAGUCAGGUGCAGAUCACCAAGUAAGAUUACCAAUGACACCAACAACAACACCAGGAAUACCACCCAUGGUUACACUGGUUACAGCAUACACAGCAUGACCAAUGUCAAGGGCAGUCGCGUAGUGAUACCAGGACUGGAAAAAUGUUCUGAAUAUCUGGUGGAUGCGAGAGUUGUAAACAACGCAAAUUACUCUAGUGCGUGGAGUCAGCCUGUUACAAUUUGGCCAGUUAAAGAGGCUUCUUAUGUACCUGAAAAUAUAUCCGUCAUGGCUUCUUCAUAUAUAUCAGCAAGAUGGUCUUCACCAGAUGAUGAACAGUGCUUUGACAUUCUAUAUCACAUUGUGCUUAAGUUUGGUAAUACAACAAUAUCAGUGACAACCAAUGCUACGCAGGUGGAUUUUCUUCAAGUUACUGUCCAACCAAACAUGGAAUAUAUAUUUCAGGUGGCUAUGAUUUUGGGUGAUAUGGUCGGUAACUACUCGGAUGAGAUUAUAGUCAUGGUUGAGGCAUAUGCAAAUGAUGUAAAUGGUGAGAGGUCUAAUGAAUGGCUGGCUUACAUGGGUUUAUUGAUUGCCUUUAUUUUAUGCGUCACUUUGAUUCUUGUUAUAUUUAAAUACAAGAAAAGCCAAGCAAAGCCUUUUGUUAUCGACACAGGAGUUAGGAAUGUUAAAAGACGUUCAGAAGUCCAACACUUCGCUUUUCAUAACAGUAUUAUGGGACCGAGGCAACGCGUAUAUACUGAAAUGAACAAUAGUAAUACAACUUCUUCAGUCACACCCAAGUGUGCAGCCGCUAUGGAUUCUGCAGAUGAGGACGUUGUGGAACUUGCGAAAAUGAACAUGAUAAUUAAAGAUGGUGGUAAUCAGAAACAACUUCCAUGUGAACAGCAUAUUUAUGAAGUCAUUGAGAGAAGAUGCAAAGACAAGACCAUUGCAUCUAGCGAGAGAGCAGCCACAUAUGAAGCUAGCAGUGAUGAGUUUGAGGGUGUUGCCGAGUUGAAGAAGGAUGAUGGUGAUUAUAUUGGACUUCUUCCAACUGAAGAAAACGUUUAUGCUGAAUUAAAGAAGCUGGAUUAAGGAAGUAGGAAGCAUGAGUAUAUAUCGUAGAAAUACACAUACAGGUCAAUAUAUCCAUUAUGAUAGCUUUGCUCCAUGGAACCAUAAGAUUUCUUGAAUUUGUAGUUAGUUGCAAGAGACCAUAAACUGUGUACUCCUGAUAAACAGAAAAUUUAUGUUGUGGAAUGGGUACCCUUUUAAUGUUGUUAACCAUGUACUCAGUAAAUUAAAUGAACCUAAAUGCAUACAUAGGCCUACUGAUGAUAGCUUGAUUAAGAUUAGAUUGCCUUAUCUAGGAAAAACAGGUGAAUCCAUUUUACGUAGAUGCCUAAAAAAAUAAAGAAAGUAAUGAUUCUCAUUUUAUAUCUACUAAUAAAAUAUAACCCAAAGGAGACUGUAUAGGAGCUCUGUUGUUUAUCAUUUUAAAUGUCCAGCUUUUAAUAGUGAUUAUAUUGACAGGGGCGGAUUUAGGGGUAGCCGACCCGGCCCCGCGCCCUCCCCCCUUUUUAGGAGGUAAAAAAAGGGGGAAAAAAGAAAGAAAAAGAAAAAAAAUGAUAGCCCAGAACGCCUCAAAUGUUAUUUUCGGGCGUCUAGAACACAACAAUUUUGCGGGGGAAUGCCCCGGAUCCCAGAGCACAGUGUUGUUUCGAUCGACCCAACUUUCGGCCCCAAUUUUUGGACAUCUCUGGGUCCGCCCCUGAUUGGUAAGACUGAAAAUGCCAAAUAACUAGACCUAAAGAACAUUCUUCACGAUCUGGUAGUGUUAUAAAUGAUCAUACAAAAUUGUGAGGCAUUCCAAUUUGUUUCAGGUUUACAAGGUACACUUGAAAAUGAUAAUGUAGCCUGUAAUGCAAGUAAUAAAUUAUGUUUAAUAUUUUAUAAUACUAACAUUUUGACAGUUCGCAAAACUGGUCUAUACUAUUAUAUAUUGUUAUUAUAUUAUUUAAAGAAACAUUUGCUAUAUGUAGGCUACACCCAUUGUUUAACAAUGGCCUUAAAGGUUCAAAAAAGCUUUCCUUGUUUUUGUAGGUAGCUUUGAUCAGAUAGGCCCUUUCCACCCAAAAAAGGGGGGAAGCAUAGAAAAGAAGGGAGAAAUAUUGGUGCAUGGUACAUUACAACAAGCCCCGGGCCUGUAUAAGCUUCCAGGCUUUGUGUUGAUUGGUGCUCUACUAGUAGUUCUCAAGAGAGAACAGUUUUAGGUGGGGUGUCAUGGGAAGAUAAACGGAAAUUUGUUUAUUUACAGUUGAUUAGCUAUAGAAAAUAAUAUUGAAAAGAUAAUGAUAAAACACUGAAUAUGCCCGAGCCUUGAUAAGCUUCCAGUCUUUGUUAUUCAUAAAACUGACAUUAUCGGUCGAUUGCUGGAUGAUGAUUAGGAUGAUAAUGAAAAUUCAGAUUUGCUGGUUUAUGAUGAUUUUUUUUUAAAUAUCAUUUUGAUUAUCUAUUAUGUUUGUCUUGGUAUGCUUUUAAAACUAUGAUGACUAUA